AAUGAGAUUCUGCUAAAUUCAACACAAAUGAUAGAAUUUCGUGGGUAAUGAACUUAAAAAUCCAAAAAGCUUUGUUUCGAGAAUCAUUUGAGUUGCAAUGAAGUUCAAAUAUGGAAAAGUGACAUGUUCGUAUUUCGAAAUGUUCAAUGAGUGAUACAAGUACUUAAUUUGAAUGUGUAAAAAAAUGGCUUGUGAAGUAUUGUUCCCACGUGGAGUGUAGAACUUAGAAGUUUGUUUGUCAUGUGAUUUGUGAUUCCAAACUUAUAUUAACAUGGUUCAGGCUUUGGAUGAAAUAGUACCCCGGGAUUUACCCGAGGCAUUUAAACUCCUUCGGGAAAUGCACGACAAUGUACAGCAAGUUACUCAGCUGGUAGACAAUAUGCUCGCUCGUGUAAAACGAGGAGAGAUGUCCACGGAUAAAGGCUUAAGUUUUUUGGAGGUUAAGUAUCAUAUGCUCCUUAGUUACCUCAUAAAUUUGACAUAUGUUGUUCUUCGGAAAUGUUCUGGUCGGAAAAUUGAAGAUGACCCAGCCAUUGAUCGUUUGGUUGAGAUACGUACAGUAUUGGAAAAAAUGCGCCCUAUUGAUCACAAGUUGAAGUAUCAAAUUGAUAAAUUGGUGAAGACUGCAGUGACAGGGUCUAUAAAUGAAGAUGAUCCCACAAACUUCCGUGCCAAUCCGGAGAAUUUAAUUCCCAAACUAAAUGGCUCUGAUGAAAGUGACAGUGAUGAGGAUGAAGAAAAAGACAAGCAGUUUUCGAAGGAGAAAAAAGGAGUUUAUGUUCCACCAAAAUUAGCUGCGGUUCAUUAUGAUGGGGAUGAAAAUCAAGCUGAUUAUCAGAAACGCCUCAAGGAACGAGCACAAAAGAGAGCAAUAAGCAUGACAGUGAUGCAAGAACUGUGUGAUGAAUAUCUUGACACUCCAACUGAAAUCACUAAUGUGAGCUCACAGCAGGCUGUAAUGAAAAGAGAAGAUAGAGAAAGAGAAAUAUACGAAGAAAAUUAUCUAACCCGCCUGCCAGUGACUAAACAAGAGCACCACAGAAAUAGAAAGUUAAUGACUAUUGGGACCUUGGGAGACGAUUUAACUCAGUUCGAAGAUGGGCCAGGGAGCUCUGGUGGUUCGAAGAAUAAGAAGAGGAAAGUAAUUAAAGGCAAAGGGAAAAAAGGUUUCAAGAAGAGGAAGUUCCACUAGGAUUUGAAGUGGUCAAUGUAUACUGCUAGGUCUCGAGUACUAAGGGACCAUAUCGAAGGAUUGUCAGUCAAGGACUGAAGCCAGCUCUAAUGUGUGGGAUAUGCUUUUGUGUGUGCAAUGAAUUUUGUAGAAAAUGUUUUUUUAUAUUGAUGUGCAUCAUUAGUUGUUUCCUGUUAAUAUAUAUU